AAGCUCGAAGCCUGUGCUGGCCAGAUGGCGGGGCGAGGGAUUUAACCAGCUCAAAACAAAAGGAUUGAGAUUUUAUAAGUAUAUAUUUAAAAAGGCUGGGAAAAAAAACUGUCACCUUCUGCGCAGGCUCACUUUAACCCCAAAGACAUUCUGUUAGCACUCACCGGAAGUUCAGCUCCCUGCCACGGCUGGAGAAGAAGAGAAAUGAUUGGUCUUCAGGGUGGAUAGAAACAAAAAAAAACCCCCACAAAAACCAUUCGUUUAAGGAAGACUGUCUUCCCCCACACCCUUUCCCGUUUCCAUCCUCUCCCCUCCCCACCGCAACGGUGGUUACACAAUGAGGAUUAAAAGGAACUUUGUGGUUUGUGGGGUCUGUCCUUUCCGAUGGAAAUGGAGACACUGAGCUGUUGACGGCGAGGAUCGAGGCUGCCCCAUUCUGAUGCUCGCCUCGAUGGCGAACGCCAGUGAGCUAGAAGAGACGAAUAGCUCUCUUCAGAAUUACGCCAUCACCGCCUCGGCGGUCAAGCUGGCUUCCCUGGGUUUGAUCAUCUGCAUCAGCCUGACCGGCAACCUGCUGCUCUCCUUCCUGCUCUUCAAAGAGCCAAGCUUGCACCGGGCUCCCUACUACUUUCUGCUGGACCUCUGCCUGGCCGACAUCGUGCGCUCGCUCCUCUGCUUCCCGUUCGUCAUGAUCUCCAUCAGCAGCGGCUCGGCUUGGACCUACAGCCUGCUCAGCUGCAAGAUCAUCGCCUUCGCCGCCGUCCUCUUCUGUUUCCACGCCGCCUUCAUGAUGUUCUGCAUCAGCAUCACCCGUUACAUGGCCAUCGCCCACCACCGCUUCUAUUCCAAACGAAUGACGGUGUGGACUUGCGUGGCGGUCAUCUGCAUGGUGUGGACCCUGUCGGUCGCAAUGGCCUUCCCGCCAGUUUUCGACGUGGGCACCUACAAGUUCAUCCGUGAGGAGGAGCAGUGCAUCUUCGAGCACCGCUACGUGAAGGCCAACGACACCCUGGGCUUCAUGCUGAUGCUGGCGGUUAUCAUCGCCGCCACACACAUGGUCUACGUCAAGCUCAUCUUUUUCGUAUACGACCACCGCAAGAUGAAACCCGCUCAGUUGAUCCCGGCCAUCAGCCAAAAUUGGACGUUUCACGGGCCGGGCGCCACAGGCCAGGCGGCCGCCAACUGGAUCGCUGGCUUCGGCAGAGGACCCACGCCCCCUACCCUAGUGGGCAUCCGGCAGACCACGCACAACCAGAACAAGAGACUGCUGGUCUUAGAUGAGUUCAAAAUGGAAAAGAGAAUAGGCAGGAUGUUCUACAUCAUAACCGUACUCUUCCUGCUGCUGUGGUCGCCAUAUAUUGUCGCAUGUUAUCUGCGGGUCUUUGUCAAAGCCAGUACCAUCCCCCAGGUCUACCUGACCGCCGCAGUGUGGAUGACAUUUGCCCAGGCGGGGGUCAAUCCGAUUUUGUGCUUUAUCUUCAACAAAGAGCUGAGGAUUUGCUUCAGAACCCACUUCCCUUGUUUUCAAAGCACACAGACGCCCAGGGAAGCUUACUGCGUUAUUUAAAAUACAUUUAAGUAGUAGAAAGACACCGUCUUUUAAAAAGAAAAUCCGCAAGGGAACUCAUAAUAAUGUAUGUGCAGGCGUUUGGCGGAUUAAUGUUUGUCACAGAACAGUCAACUGCACUGGUUUCUGUUUACAUUUAAGAAGUGCGAGACACUGAGUCAAGUAUUUUGAGGACAAGCCAAUUUCUCUGGAAUACGAAUUCAUGGAGGCCACUUUAUAUUAGGAUCUCUCACGUUGACUCCACGUUGGACCCAGUUUGAUACAAAUUUUACUGAUUGCUUAAAAACGUAUUGAUCAGGGAAUUCAAACACAAUUAAGCAAUCCCAAUCUCAGAGUGUUUUACAAUAAAUGAAAUAUAUUUGUUCCUAGUUGUGCUGCGCUUUAUACAGGGCAGUGAAUUAUUAAUAACAUCCAGAAGAGGGAAAAAAAGCAAACUGGAGUGUAAAAAUUGUACAAAUCAUAAUUUCAGUGACACUUUUCACCCUUCCCACUGCAAUUUAAGAACUUUGUAUGAUUGUACUUUCCUUUUGAUAUUUUCUUAGCUUGUUUCUCUGCAUUGUAAUAUACUGGAAAAUGUUUUGACCUUCAAACAUUACUUUUUGCAAUUUCAUAUCUUAAUGUGCAUUUGUCUUUGAAAAACAAAUGUCAAUUUUACAUUUCUCUAGCUGAAUGUAAAUAAGUCUUGUAGUGUUAGCUGUAGUUAUUGUCAUACAAAAUUAUCAGUUAGUAAGUUAUACUGUACUCUUCAUUUGAUUGAAUCAAGAAGGUAGCUCUUUUUCUCUUGUACAUUUCCACUGUUUUUACUUGAAAAUAAAUUUAUUAAGCAGAAGGGUAGUUUUCUCUUCACAAUGAAAAAUCAAAUUAAUGGAUCUCAUUUAAUGUACUUUGGGUGUUUUGGUGAGAGUAGCAAUCAAUUGCAGGAAAGGAUAUUUAAGUGGACUAGGUGAAUGAGGUACAAAGUCUCCUUAUUGAUAUGUAAAGAUUGACAGUUAUGAAUAAUCAUGCAGGUUGUUGAAAGAAGGACAAAUCCAAGAAACUGUUGAACAUCACAUGAAAUUAAAACAAAAAUCACUUUUAAAGUUGCAUAUGUUUUAUUAACAUUGGUUUAAAUAAAUGGUGGAAUGGGUUCAGGGCUGAAUGGCCUAAUCGUUUUCCUAUGUUUCUUUCAAAUAGCGUAGAAACUGGCCAAGUUGCUGAAAUGUAACGAAAUCUCCAUUCAGCAGCCAAACUAUUAUGCAACAAAUGAUAUCCAAAAAUUACCUACAGAUACCAAGUAAAUGCUGCCAAAAUAUAGCUAAUUUGUAAAUCUUGUUGCUGGCAUUGGAUUGAAAAUGCUUAACUGGACAAAUGAUUGGAUCAGCAUUCUACUAAUGUUCCCAACACAAGGGACAACAGCCUUUGAUAUAAAUGUGUUUUACUUAAUUGAGGUGUACAACCUGCAAACCCACAGUGUAGGAAUCUGAAAUGAUACAACUCUGUCCCCUAAAUUAGUGCAAUUAAUUCACUUUCAUUUUGUUAAUGUGAAAAUGAAAAGUAAUUUUUCAAAAUGAAAACUAAUUCUUUAUUUGGCAUGUUGGAACUCUGUCACAAUGUUGAAAAAAAUAAAGGUUAUGAAAUAAAUUUUAAGUAUAUUGGAGACCUUUUAUUAUCCAUCCAAUUUACAACUUAAAUUAAAAAAAAUAAAGUGGGUUAUGCCAUUGUGAUGGUUUAGUGAAGUCAAAUACAUCUAAAAACAGCCAAUAAAGAAUAUAACUGGGUAAAGAAAUCACAAAAAUCAGACUGAACUUGGAAACUUAGAAAAUCUUUAGUUGUGUUUGAUAAUUAGGUUAAGUUUCAUUGUGACAAUCUGAAGUGCUUCAAUCUAUAUGAUGCAACUUGGUUUUAUUGCUACAUAAAAUUUGUUGCAAUAAAACCAGUCCAAAAGAAGAAUUAGUAGUUUAAUGUUUAUUUAUUUCAAUAUACAAACAAAUUCUGUAGUACAAUAUGAAUUAGCCAACCUAACUUUUAUUUCACUUGCUGAAUGCUCUAUAAAUUCGAUCUGAAAUUAAAUAAAAUAAUUAUUUUAUUAAUGAUGUAGAAUUUAAGGAAAUCUGUUGAAUUCAUGUGGGAUUUAUAGAUGCCUUCCUCCCAUAAGGGAUCAGUUAUAUUUCACAUUUAUCAAUUGAAUGAUGGUAUGGUUAAAUAGCCAUUGAAUAAAUACUUUCAAUGAGGACAAUUACAAAUGUGAGGAGAUUUAUUAAUGUUUUCCAUGAUUAUGUCAAAUAGUUUUCACAUUCCUCAAGGUUGUUUGAUAAUGAAACUGAGAAUGCACUAAAACAUUUCAAAAAACGUGAAUUAGUGGUCUGAAGAUGCAGUAAUCUCAGGUGAUUAUAAAUUUCAGAAUGUUUGUGUUUGAAAUAUUAACAAAAAUAAAGAUAUGUCAUUCUGAUGAUUAAGGGACAACUCCUCCAGUGUUGGUAUGAGAUUUUGCUUAAAAUCAAGUAUUUUUCUGCAAAGUGGAUUGGCAGACAUUUUAUAUGAAGAAGAUCUCAGUAAUCUGCAGAGUAAAUGUACAAUAAUUUUCAAACUAAAUUUUAGUUUUCAGUGUACUUGGGGGACAGUGAGAGAGUAUUAUUCAUUCUCUAAAAUGACCAGAAUCUGAAUCCAAAUCCAUCCAGCAGUCUUUCUUUUCUGACUGCGGUGUUUCUGUCCGAGAUGACUGGGUCUUUCAUUGUGGGGGUGGGGCAUUUACAAGUGAAAAACUGUCAGCAUUGUUCAGUACUGGCUGGUUCUAGCAGGAAGACCACAAUACAUGUUGGCACAGAAAAUGAAAAAAAAAUGUGAUGGUGGUAAAUUUGUAAUCUGUGCAAUGUAUCUUUCAAAGAAAGAGGGCCGGCUAAAUUUAAAACCAUUUCAUCAUAACUUCUCAUCGAAGAGUCAUUUGCAAGCUCGUUUAAAAAGGAUUAAUUACAUUUGACUUGCUUAUACCAUUUUCACAAUAAGCAGAUGAAAUUGUAUCACCAACAAAAGAUGUGUUAACUUUCCUUCAAAUUAUGAAAGAAAUCAUACAACAUAACCAUAAACUAAUGUUUUGAUCUUUGCAUAUGAUUUUCAAAUUGGUAAUAUUUUAAAUACAUUGGGAGGGUGUAAUGUAUUAAACGUAAAAUUACCUGAAUUUUGCAAAGACAGGACAGUAUUCUAAAAUAAUGUAGCAUCACCUGGAUUUUACUUAACUGUUGUUAGAUAUCAAGCACAUAAAAUUGUCCUCUGCAGAGUUUAAAGGCUAGGUUACAAGCUUUAAGUAACUUUUGGGGAAGAAAUUAAUAGUUUUAGCAAUUAUUCUUGAACAUUGGCUUAGCACAGUUGAUUGCUUUACUUUCUUCUUGGAUGCUCAUAUGAGCUGCCUGGGACAUUGAAGUAAAGCAUCUCCAUCUGUGAAUGAUAUAUCUGUCCCCUCUGGGUCUUCUGUCUUUCUUAGGAGAUCCAUCUUACAUGGCAGUAGCUACUUUUAGAGUAGAGCUGAUCAAAUUCCUCUUCUCUUUUUGAAUGAAUCUGAGCCAAUAUAACUAUUUCUUCAGUGGCACCAAAGCAGUCAGCUCUCUGAUCUAGAUGAAAGGCAGAGAGAAAGAAAAUAGAUGAAACAAUCUUGCGAAAUUUUGUUUCUAUCUAUUGCACUCACAAAUAUAAUCUUUAAUGCCUUUUGUUUUUGUAAAAGUAAGCUUAGAUUACCUUCCAUUCCAUUCCAGUGAAGCUGAGUGAAACCAUUUAGUUUAAAGAUGAACGUCCAAGUGCAUCACCUUAAAACAGAUGCUUGUUUAGUUAAGUAUCAAAAAAAAAAGCUUAUUUUCUGCAUCUUCCCCCUUCCUUUCCAGUCAUGAUGAAGAGCCUUGGCCUGAAAUGUCAAUUGUUUAUUUAUUUCCAUAGAUGCUGCCUGACCUGCUGAAUUCCUCCAGCAACUUAUAUAUGUUGCUCUGGAUUUCCAGUGUCUGCAGAAUCUCUUGUGUUUACUUAUUCAGAAUUUAUUUUGCUGCCAAUCAAAGUGAUUGUGUUCGCUGACUUGUAAUAUCCUGUUGAUUCUCAACCCUUCAUAACAAGGAAUGUGAAUACUAGUGAUAUCUUUCAGUCAUUCUAACAUUAGCUAUCUUUAAUGCAGUGACCUAUGUUAGGACCCCAAACUCCCAUUAUGAAAUAUGUUUUUCCUAUGAUACAAUUUUGAAGUGUUGCUGUUCCUUGUGUUUUCGUAGAGUUGAAAUGGGUUGUUAAAAAUCUCACUUUAUGUAUAUUGUUUACUAUAUCGCGAAAUUAGUACAAAAUGUUUUAAAUGACCAUGCUUGAGUUGACUGACUUAAUGUUAAAUCUGAUGAAUUAACGUUUUUGUCCAACUUGCAAAAGAAUGGCCAAAAAGGAAUCAUGAUGAUAGAGAAUUGAUAAGGUUAUUUCUGAUAUUGGUCCAAAUAAAAGCAUUAUA